GGCGGCGGCCGUUACGGCGCUAUCCGGUGACGGUUGAGAGGGAGUGAAGAUGGGGGGAGUGAAGCUGGAGAUAUUCCGGAUGUGCCUUUACCUGUCAUUCCCUGUGACAGUGUUUUGGAUCUCCAAUCAAGCAGAAUACUUUGAGGAGUAUGUGAUCAAAAGAAAGAGAGAGAUCUAUCCGCCAGAAGAGAAGAUGCGUCGCAAAGAGUUGGAAGACUUCAAGGAACGAAUGAGGGAAAAACGGGAACAAAAAUUACUGCGUACUCUCGAAACUCAGAAAACACAAGAACAGUAAAACAGAGUCAAUAUUGCACAGGCUGUCACCAUGUCUUCAAUUGAUUGAAGUGUUGGAACUUUGCAAGACUUUUUUUCUCUUCUCUGAGAAUCUUUAUCAGUUGUUGAUUAUUGCAUAAAAGCCAAACUGUACGUAAAGCACUGAUCUUAAAUUAUUUUUUACAAAAUAAAAGUAAUUUGUAACUAUA